GCUUCUUUACAGAGAAGAUGAAGAACUCUCUGCUGGCAGCUAUCUUUUUACUUGUUAGAGAUCCCUGCCGCUGCUCAGACUUGGAGUCUCCGUUCUGCCGGCAGCUGCCAGAUUGGGACAAUGAAUUGGUGUGUUACAAAGAAUUAAGUGAGGAUCUAACCUGUACCUGGCUGCCAGUACCUAGUGCUGCAAAUACAGUUAAUUAUACUGUAUACUUAAAAUGGAACAAAAUACGAAAACUUUUUCGACGAAACACAUCAUCACCUUCCAUCACAAUAGAACGAAAGAAUCUCUACCUUGAGAGAUUUGCAUCCAUUUGGAUAGCAGUGAAUUAUGCUCAUGAUACCUGUGCAAAAGGAAAGAACAUCUCAGUUUUACCAAGCAAAGCAGGGAAGUGCUUGUCACCAUCUAACAUAAAUGCUUAUCAGGUUACAAACCAAUUGAUAAUAAAGUGGGACCUGCCCACAGCUAAUACAUCAUAUGAGUUGAGAUACAGAGAGGCACUCACAGAAUCUGCUCCAUGGACACUGGUGCCUGUAGGAAGCAAUGCUGCCAAUGUCACCAUUUCAAAUUUAAAUGCUACAUCUUCAUACAUUGUUCAGCUCAGAUGCAUAACCAAGGAUGGUCUCAACUGUGUUUGCAUUUGGAGCAAGGAGAUUUUGGUGCCUCACAAACUCAUGAACAAGCCAAGAAUAUCAUAUAAUGUAACUACACAAGUCUCUCCAGGAAGAAGAAGUGUUCUUCUGAAGUGGGAGGUAGCACAAAGUGAGAACAUUCUUGGAUAUUUUGUUAAUGUGGAACGAAUACCCAAUAGCUGCAGCCACCCACCAAAUCACAUCUCUCUCAAGGACAGAAAAAUUCUUGUUAAUCUCUCCAUGGCUUACUACAGACUUAAUAUUUCUGCCUAUAACGAAGCAGGAGAAUCUCCACGAGCCAUCUACCUUGUCCCAGAAUUCUCUGCAACAGACUUGCCUGGUCAAAUCCAUGUCAAAAGCCAGGGAACGAAUGCAGUUGUCACAUGGACUCCAGAAUACAAUCCAAAAUGUUUUGUGGUUGACUGGGGAACUGGUAAAGAGGAUAUGCACAUGAAAAUCAUAACUACGACUACUGGAAAUUUCACAUUAGGCAAUUUUCAGCCAUAUAAGUUGUAUAAAAUAAUGGUACAUGCAUCUGAUGUGUGUCAAUGUGAAAGUUUUGUAAGACAUGAAAAGACUUUUGGAGUGACCCACUUUUACUCCGUUGAAGGAGUUCCUAGGACUGGUCCUGCUAAUGUGACAGUUCUGAAUAUCACAAAGCAUUCUGCACUUGUGAUGUGGACUGAAAUAGCUGCAGAAGACCGUUUGGGCUUUCUCCAGGGAUACAGGAUCAGUUACACAGAUUCAUCAAUGAAAAAGUCUCCAGCUGUUACUCUCAACUCUUCUACCACAAGUUACCAUCUCACCGGACUGAAGGAGAAGACCACCUAUCGUGUGCAGAUUUCAGGAUUCACUAAUGCUGGGGAAGGACCUCUGACUCCUUCACAACCUUUCAGAACUCCAAAAUAUGAUAAAGGAGAACUUGAAGGAUUUGUGACUGGUCUUUGUUUCAGCACAAUAUUCAUUCUGAUUUUUGCACCCCUCAUUUGUUCUUUGGUGAUUAAAAGGCUGAAAAUAUCCUACUGGUCCAGUGUACCAAGCCCAAAAAACAGCAGCGCACUCCAAGAUAUGAAUAAUUGGAAGCCUGUUUCAAGGUCACUGCUUCAGACCCUGUCAGACAAUGACACCACCAGCCUUUUCGUCAUAGAGUGUGAGUCAAAAGCUCCUCUGACGCUAGACCUCUUCACAGAUGGUGGAGAAGACAGCAAGCAUGACACUUGCCAGACAGAAAAACCUAGUAAUAACACAGACAUGAGCCCAAGGCAUGAAGAAAUCCCUGUAGAAGCAGUUACAAGUGAAGAAGACAGCAUUUCCACUGAAGUACCACUCUCAAGUGACUAUGCCAGCUUGGAGUUUAGUCAGAAAGCCCUGAUGAGCCUGGCAGUGAGCACGCCUGAAAGAACUGCUCAUUCUCAUCUGGAAAUGGAGCUAAGCAGUAAGCCAGAACAAACUGUGCACAAGGUUUUGUUUGCUUCCCAGGACUACCUCAAACAAAGCCAGGUGGUACUUUUGCCAUCUGGACCAAAUUUCAUGGGACAAGCCAAUUAAACCUGAAGCAUCUUCAUUAUUUUCCUUAUCAUAAAAUCAAGCUCCAAAUAUUUUUAUACAUCAGUGGGGCCUCUAGGACCAUACAGAACAGCAAGUUGUUGACAAUAGUUAUCUCCACUACACUAAGUUUCCUUGGUGAAAUAGAUUGAUUAUAUGAUUAGAUUAGCUAUUUCAUCACCAUCGUUCAGUGGAAAGUCCCACCAUCUUCACACAGGAAAAACUUUCAGGGACUUAUAAGAAAAAUCUUUGUGUAAAGUACCUCUUGCUUGGUAUUUUGUUCCCGGGCACUCAGGAGCCAUUCAAAGCUUCCACUCUAAGCACAAUGUCAUUGUAGAUAUCAGAAAAAUUCUCUACUCACUAUGAACAGCUUCAGAUCUCAUUUUCAGAUCUCAUAAGUUCUUCAUAAAAAAAAAAAUCCAGCAAAAGUAUCUACCACUCUUAAGAAACUCUCCAGUCAAAGCUGGUCAAAGAAAUUAGUGCAAAUCUUCCAAAUUAGGAAUCAAAAGUUUGCUUAUUGAAAUUUGUAAAACACCAUUAGUGUUUUACAAAUAGUCAUUGUAGAUAAAUAGUGCUGUGUAAUUGUGGUUUAUGUUUCAUUAACAGUAUUGGAGUUGUUACUUAUAUUAAUUUAAGGCUAUUUCCUCCUACAAUUACCUACACAUUCAGAAAAACCCAUCCAUAGUUUGUGGUGAGGUGUAACUGCAGAUAUGUUUUCACACUGCAAUGACAAUAAUUGCAUGGAAGAGGAGCCACUGGAACACAGGGGAUAAAAGGGUCUUCCUCAAUAUGCUUUCUAUGGGACUCUAGCUAUCUCCACAAUGCAAGGAGUCUGAACCACUUUCUGCCUAACAAGAGUUUCUCAGUCAUGAACUCUGCAGGCAUUAAUGGUCUGCACUUAUUGUAGAAGACCCAGUUUAUUGCUGCUGUCUCAAGUUUAAGAAACAUUUUAUUAAAAUUGCUUUGUAGAGAAAUAAAUUGAUCAAUUGUAUCAUAAGCACCAGAGAAUCCAUAGAGAGACACUUUAAAAAAUUACCUCAUUAAAAGUGGAGGAUGAUUGGCAUCCACACAAAUAUUUCCACUCAUACAAGGCAGUAUGAAUUGUAGAAUAGCCAUGCUUGCAAAAGCACAGAGGAAUUCCAUAUCCUCACUUUACUGAUUUAAUGAGAAUCCAUAAUAAAACCUAGUUUAUUUAUUUGCUUAUUUAUAUUCACUCUCUCUUUAACUAUAUCUCUCUAAAUCUGUUAACACUGCCACAACAAACCUGUAUUUCACUGUGGGUUAUGCACUGCUUUUUUACCUUAGCUCCUGAAAUUCAUUGUUCUUCCACAAAGCAAUGUGCACUCAUAGUUGUUAUGUCUUGUAAUUGAAACAAGGGGUAAGACAUCCCUAGAGAUCACACAAGUUUGGACAGUCUUUUAAGUAUCUUUUUUUUUUUUUUUUAACUUUAAUCUGGUGACUUCACCUGAUUUGAAUUUAAGAUAAUUCAAAUGAUCUUGCUAUUAGUGGAGCUAUUUUUACUUGUAAUAUCUAGCAGUGAUGUUGAAUUGCUGUUACAGAUAAUGAAGUCCUGAUAUAUAAUCUUUAUCAAGUAAUCAUAAUUUGUCCAUUUGCAAAAUAUAUAAGAAUUAUCCAUGCUCCUUACUUACGGUAUUUCUUUCUUUUCUGGUCAAAGAAACUUAUUUUCCUGUUGCAGUUUGUACCUUCAAUAGCUUUUCUCAUCCCUGUAAACACUGAAUUCUUCCUUUCUUACUCUGCAUCUACCAAACCAAUACGUAUUACUCUGUUAUGGAUAAAGUAUGUAUAAAGUAAGUAUAAUGAAAACAAAGUCUUGCAAGCAUUUUCAGUGUAUGAAACAACCUUGAUACAUGAAACUCAACAGACUGCUUGGGCUUUUAACCUAGUGAUUAUCAACUCUGCUGUACUAGCCAUUUUCUGACAUCUUGCUAAAGAAAAUUCAUAUAGCAGAACAUGAGAAUUGUACUAGAAGCAUCUAUGGAUACUAAAUAGAAGGUAUAGAUGUAUUCUGCUUUCAGUUAUAAAGCUCACAAUAUAUGUAAUUCUUAAUUGAUCUCAUUUUAGCCAUAUUUGCACAAUGGCUGAAAACAGUAAAUCCUGUGUGGAGAUUAGAUAUAAAUUAAGAACUCAUCCCAUCAUGAUGUAUCCUUUGAGAGCAAGUAAAGAACCCUUUAUGUGGGAAGAAAUAGAAGAGUACAUUUGCUAAAUAGUUUCAUCCAGCCAAAAAGGAGGUUUAAUUGGAAUAAUGUACUGACUUGUAGACACAGGAUUAGUAGACAUGCCAUGCUCAGGUCUUCAGGUUAGGGAAAAAUAGAUUUCUGUGGUUUGUUUAUUUGGUUGGCUUUUAAGUGGAAAUUUUUAGUUCAGUUAGAAGGAUCCUACAGCAAUCAUCUAGCUGUACUCCCUGACCUCUUCAGACAAUUAAAAAAAAGGUGAGCAUAUACUGGUGUAUAGUGACAGAAGGCAGAAGCCUUCCUAUACAAAUAAACAUGUAAAAUAUUUCAUUCCAUCUGCUAUAGUACUGUUCAAGUGGUUUGUGUAGUGUCCUUAGCUUCAAUAUAUGUUAUGCUGAAUGCAAUUGCAGAUGUGAAGGCUUGGAACCACAAAAGACAAAGUAGUUUAUAAUUAAAUUUUUGCACUUUUUUCACAAUCAGCAUAGCUCUGGAUGAUCACUGUCAGCAUUAGUGAAAAUUUAGACAUGGUAAAAGCUUAGACAACUGUAGACCUGGAGGCACAUCAACAUAGUGAUUUAUGGCAUGGAAUAUUACACUGCAAGGUUACAGUACUUCAGCAUUCUAUAUUUACAGAGAAAAAAAACUAAUGCUCAGUCUCUAAUAUAGCACAAAGCUAGGUUAGUACACAUGUAUUUUUUGGUAUCCAGAGUAUAUGUUUUUUCUUGCAUAGACAUUAAGAUUUUAAAUUUUUUUAUUAUUUUUGUUAUAUUUUUUGUUUAGUGCUUCAAGUCAGAUUACAAUGCAGUUGUUAGCUCUCAACACAGUGUCAGAGACAAAACAAACAAGUACUCACCCAGGAACAGGAGAUUGCAGCAACCACAAUAUUGUAGAGGUUUAUUCUGUAUUAGUUAACAAAUGAAUAAUAGUAUCUAUGAAAUAUCUAUAAAUUCCCCCAGAAUCUAAGCUUUUGAGGUGACAAUCCUUAAAAGCCACUUUUAUAGCACAGUAUCUGCACUCGACCAGAGGUGCAGAGGUGUCUGGAAAGCAGAGAACAUAGAGGAAUCCUGUAAACCCAAGUGAACCACAAUUAUUGCCACAAAAAUUGUCAGAUAAUGAAGCACUUCAUAAAAGACCUCUAGUUACAGAAGAUGCUCUUGAUUCUGUGUCACAGGCUCUUGGUUUGCAUGUUUCUCUCUCUCAAUGGCACUGGAUGUCUGCUACCUGGAUGAUGUUAAAUAUGCUCUGGUACAAUGUCAAUGGAAUUUAUAUGAACCUGGGUAAUAGGCUGUGACCUAUAUAAUAAAACUUUUGACAGCUUACAUCACUCACUUUUGAGCACUGUUUAUAGAAGACUGCUAAGACAAAUCAUUCCAUGCCAGUGGAGCUGGGAUGGGAAUAAUCUUAUCCUCAUAACUAGUUCAAUCUACAGCAGAAGCACCAGUUUGAUGAUAAAAGUGAAAACAAUCUGCUGUGCUAGAAAUGGUCAUUCCUAUUAGACCCCUUCAAUGCCUCAUAAAAUCGCAGGAUCACUGAGGUUGGGAAAGACCUUUUGGAUUGAGCCCAAUUGCAAAGCUAAUACUGCCAAGCCCAUCACUAAACCAUGUCCUUAAACACCUCCUGGGAUGGUCAUUUAACCAGUUCCCUGGGUAGUGUGUUCCAAGGCUUGGCAACUCUUCCUGUGUAGAAAUGUUGCCAAAUAUUCAAUCUCAACCUCCCCUGGUGCAACUCGGGGCCAUAUCCUCCCAUCCUGACACUUGUUACCUGUGAGACUAUACCAACCCUCAUCUCACUGCAACACUCUCUCAGCCAGGUCUAGAGUGGUAAGAUCCCUUCCCUGAGCCUCCUUCCCUCCAGGCUAAAUAUCCCCAGAUCCCUCAGCCAUCUCUUGUAAGACCUGCGCUCUAACUUCUAUCCACAAAGGCUUCCCCAGGCAAACUGAUGGGCUUAUUACUUUACAGGAAUGAACACACAAAGGAAGUAACCUGGAUUUGUUGAAGUGGUAGACACAGGAAGGACAAAGAAAAGUCCUGAAGAAUGACAGGCAAAGCUACAGCCAGCACUGACAGGGAAACAGAUUAGAUGGGAUCAGGUCCUUACUGGAGACACUGGAGCCUAGGCAAGCUGGAGGGUAGUAGACAAGCAAUUUCACCUGAACAAUUACAGGCUGUAGCCAGCUUUUCAUAGGUUGCUAUCACAGAAGUGGGCAACAGAACAAUAAAGCCCUUACAGAUAUUCUCUGGCUUUCCCAAACAGUAGUUUGGGGCAGGAGGACCCUGCAGAGGUGCCUGGACAGGCUGGAUAGAUGGGCCAAGUCCAACAGUGUGAGGUUUAACAAGACCAAGUGCCAGGCCCUGCACUUUGGCCACAGCAAUCCCCUGCAGUGCUACAGGCUGGGCAGAGUGGCUGGGCAGCAGCCAGGCAGAAAGGGACCUGGGGGUGCUGGUGACAGUGGCUGAACAUGAGCCAGGGUGUGCCCAGGGGGCCAAGAAGGCCAAUGGCAUCCUGGCCUGGAUCAGCAAUGGUGUGGGCAGCAGGAGCAGGGCAGGGAUUGUCCCCCUGUCCUGGGCACUGCUGAGGCCACACCUUGAAUCCCGUGUCCAGUGCUGCACCCCUCAGUUUAGGGAGAAUGCUGAGGUGCUGGAAUGCAUCCAGAGGAGGGCAGCAAGGCUGCUGAAGGGUCUGGAGCACCAGUGCUGUGAGGAGCAGCUGAGGGAGCUGGGAUUGUUUAUCUGGAGAAAAGGAGGCUGAGGGGAACCCUUAUCACUCCCUACACCUGCCUGGAAGGAGGC